GCGCCUGCGCACGGCGCCCCGCGCCCCUCCGGUUCCGCUCUCCGUCCGCGGGCUGAAUGGGCUUCGGGCUCUGCACCGCCGGGGAGUGGCGGGCGGUUUCUCCUCUGUCUCCGCGAGCGCGGGCGACUCGCCCUCCCUCGGCCAGAAACCCUCCGCCGGGGCCGGCGCAGGAGGAGCGGCGCCUCUGAGGGCUGCGGCCACCCCGCCUGCCUCGUGUCUUUCCCUGGCGGCGGCGGCUUCUUCCGUGGGACAAUAUGUUCAAGAGAAUGGCCGAAUUUGGGCCUGACUCCGGCGGGAGAGUGAAGGGGGUUACUAUCGUUAAACCAAUAGUUUAUGGCAAUGUUGCUCGAUAUUUUGGAAAGAAAAGAGAAGAGGACGGGCAUACCCAUCAAUGGACAGUAUAUGUAAAACCAUAUAGAAAUGAAGAUAUGUCAGCAUAUGUGAAGAAAAUUCAAUUUAAGUUACAUGAAAGCUAUGGCAAUCCUUUAAGAGUUGUUACUAAGCCUCCAUAUGAAAUUACUGAAACAGGAUGGGGUGAAUUCGAAAUAAUCAUCAAAAUAUUUUUUAUUGAUCCUAAUGAGAGACCUGUGAGUAAUGUUACAGAAAUGACAGCAUUUCACAAUGAUGAAGGUAACCAUUGCACAGAUGUGAUGUCUGUUUUUAUUUCACAGGUAACCCUGUAUCAUUUAUUAAAGCUGUUCCAGUCAGAUACCAAUGCAAUGCUGGGGAAAAAGACAGUGGUUUCAGAGUUCUAUGAUGAAAUGAUAUUUCAAGACCCAACAGCAAUGAUGCAACAAUUAUUAACAACAUCUCGUCAGCUAACAUUAGGAGCCUACAAGCAUGAAACAGAAUUUGCAGAACUUGAAGUGAAAACCAGAGAAAAAUUAGAAGCUGCGAAGAAAAAAACAAGUUUUGAAAUUGCAGAGCUUAAGGAGAGAUUAAAAGCAAGUCGUGAAACUAUAAAUUGUUUAAAAAAUGAAAUCAGGAAACUCGAAGAAGAUGAUCAAACAAAAGAGAUGUAAACAGUUCUGAAGAGAACUUGGUAGGAAACUAAACUGAAAAUAAGGUGGACUUUGAAGGGGAAAUGGAUUGCAAAUGCUUCUUAGAGAGCUGCAUCGGUUCCUCAGCAAUGGGGUCAAAGUGUUUGUACUUUUCAAGCAAUAUUUAAUGUGAAACAUAUGUAUAUAAUAGAUACGAAUUCUGUAUAGGCAUUUUAACCCAUUUUAGGGUAAAUUCUAUGCUGUUAAGCACAAUUAAAAACUUUUUUUUAUUACA